AUGGCUGGCCCUGGUGGUGGUCCCCCUCGCCGCAGUCACACCAAGUCCCGCAAGGGCUGUGAGACUUGCAAACGUCGUCAUAUCCGAUGCGAUGAGACGUUCCCUCAAUGCCGCAACUGCACCAAGCAUAAGAUUCGGUGCCCGUACAACGACAUCCCUGUUAGCGAGGACCGGUCGGUUUCUCCUGACCGUCCCGAGUUGAUGUGGACGCCUGAGAUCGAGGCCGAUAUUGCACGUUGGCAGCAGACUGGCAUAUUCCCCUUCCCGGCACUCAACAUCUACCCGCAGCCAAACCCGCAAUUUCUCUCCAUCGAGAGCCUGCGCCUUAUCUACCAUGUUGCUUCCAUCUGCCACCAGCUGAGGAGCAUCGAUGCCGAUGGCUUCAGCAUCUGGACUCGUCAGAUUCCGACAAUCAUCAGCAUUGGUGCGACCAACGCCUAUGUCAUGCAUGCCCUGCUCGCCUUCUCGGCCAGCCACAUCACCUACCUCAACGAGUGUCCCAUUGUUGGCAUCAUGGCCGACGAGCACCGUGGCAUUGCCCUCAAGGGCCUCCAGGAGGCCAUCAGCACCUUUUCUCGCGAGACUUCAGAUGCCAUCCUUGCGGCGUCGCUGGUUCUAUCCUGGCAAGCCACCGACUGGCGGAGCUGGACCCAACUGAUGCAGGGCACCCGCUCGGUCAUCGAGGCCAUGGACCUCUGGAAACAUGAAUCCCAGUUCGGAGACUUCAUCGCUGAAAGCAGUACGUUUCCGACGGCCCCUGCGUCGCCUGUUCCCGACCACAAGCCCAGCCAGCCUCGCAAGGAGGACCUCGAGGUCUUCACGCGCACCAUCCAGCAGCUUCAAAAGGUUGAGACCUUCCUCAAGCACAACAAGGAGGACUUCCAGGCCAUCUCGCAGUUGAUCACCUUUCUCAAGGGCGCUCGCAAGGAGAGCAACACUCCCGUCGCUCAGCAGUUUGCUCGCCUUCGGCCGCUGCGUGACUGGCUGUUCUGGACCCCCGUGCGCUUCUUCCAAAAUGCCGGUACCUCGCCCAGCAGCCUCAUCAGCGUUGCCCACCUGUACACAGUUGCCCUGGUCAUGGAGCGGCUCUUCCCCGAGAUUGGCGCUGCGUACUUUGGCAGCUUGUCCAUUGGUCCCGUCGAAGAGAUUGCUCGCCGCCUUUUCUCCAUCAAUGUCAACAGUGCCUACAAGGGCGACGUCCAGACUCCUCUGACGCUCAUGGAGUUCUCUAUUGACGUCGUGAGUGAGUUCCGGUCUCGCAUGGGCUGGGUCAACCCGACCAGAACUCCGUCGUUCCCACAGUUCAACCCGCCUAACUUCUACCUGCACGACGCUGCUGUCACUUCAGCGGCUAACGGCUCUCUUACCAUGCCGGCGACCACCGCCGGCCCCGUGGAGUACCACAUGCCUUAUGGUAGCGAGAAUAUCGUUGGAAACCCUUCGUUCAGCUACAGCGCGGACGACCUGUCCAUGAUGUCAGCGGACCCAGGCCCGAGCUCAGCCAUCAACCCGCUCCAGCUGUCAUCUCCCUACGCCCAUCCGCAAUACCUCAACAUCCCCAGCCCCUCCUAUGGCGGCUACAGCCCGGCAUCCAGCACUUUUGGCGACUUUGGUGACCGCUCUUCCGUGGCCUACAGCGACACCGAUGACUACAGCUCGUACGACAUGACUUACGCUUCAAACAGCAGCCGCAGCGCGACUGGCGGCAUUGAUCACACCCAGAUGAUGGGAGGACCAAACAACUUUGGUGUCGGGUUCGUCUCUCCACUCCAAACUGUCUGGAUCUAG